AUGGACAAAACAAAGGACUGUUGCGUCAAAGUUGCAUUUUACACCAACAGCGCCCAUAUAGAUCGAUCAGGUAGAUUGAUGUGUGUCGUCCAUCUCAUCAAUUCCAAUAAAAUGUGUUCUAAACAUUCAUUUACAAUAAAUCAAAUUGAAAAAUUACAUGAAACUCUCCUUCAAUGGUAUGAUAAAUCUAAACGUGAUCUACCAUGGCGUCAAAUGGUGGCCAAUAAUCCUGAUGCAAAUUUACGUGGUUAUGCUGUUUGGAUAUCUGAAGUGAUGCUUCAACAAACUCAAGUGAAUACAGUCAUUGAUUAUUAUAAUCGAUGGAUGAAGAAAUGGCCAAGUGUAGAUCGAUUAGCUUCGGCUACAUUAGAUGAUGUGAAUUGUUUAUGGUCUGGAUUAGGUUAUUAUUCUAGAGCUCGUCUAUUACAUGAAGCAGCAAAAAAGAUUGUCAAUGAGUUCAAUGGUGAAUUUCCUCAAUCUGCAGAAGUUUUAAAACGUACUCUACCUGGUGUUGGACGGUAUACAGCUGGAGCGAUUGCAAGUAUUGCAUUUAAUCAGUGUACACCUGUAUUAGAUGGAAAUGUAAUUCGUAUUCUAACACGUUUACGUCGAAUUGGUUCGCCUAUACAACUUAAUAACACAAUGGAAUAUUUAUGGAAUUUAACAACUCAAUUAAUCCAUUCAAAUCGACCUGGUGAUUUUAAUCAAGCAUUAAUGGAAUUCGGUGCAUUGUAUUGUGCACCGAAAAAUCCAAAUUGUAUUCAGUGUCCACUUCAUAAUGUGGAUUUAUGUGAAUCAUUUAAACAAGUGGUUAAUGAAAACAAUAGUGAUAACAUGUUACCUGAUAUUGAAAAUUGUCAUUUAUGUAUUGAUCGUAGUGUAUAUCAAAAAAGUCUUGGUGUAAUGAAUUAUCCAGUGAAACUUACUAAACGUGAACCUCGUAAACAAAAUACACUCAUUCUAAUUACAUAUAUUUCAAAACAAGACAGUGAAACACUAGAAAAUUACUACCUUCUGUUACAACGACCUAAAACCGGCCUGUUAGCUGGUUUAUGGGAAUUUCCAAGUUAUACCAUUGAAAAUGAUAAUUUAACCAAUGAAAAUCAAUCGGCAUUUAUUUCUUUAAUUUUGGAUCGAAUUGCAAAUGCGUUGAAUUGUUCAUUGAAUCAGCUAACUUCAAUAGUGGAAUUGAUGAAUAUGAAGUCUAUUGGAGAGUUGUUACACAUUUUCUCUCAUAUACGCAUGACAUAUAUUGUAUUCACAUUGAAAAUUGAACAACAACACCAAUUGACAAUGCACUCGGAUUGGCCGCCUAAUUUAAAUUCUGGUCGUUGGGUUAGUCGAGAAGAUUUAAAUGAUUCAGCUAUAUCUACUGCUACUAGAAAAAUAUUCAGUCAUUUUGAAAAUUACUCCAAAACAUCUGACUCUAAAAUUAACAAAAAUCCACGUAAAACCAAACGAACUGCCCUGCAUAAAUCGUCAUCCAUUGUAAAUGAUGUGAAACAACCGAAAUUAGAUGAUUUCUUUCACUGA